CAAAUGUCAAUCAAACCAGCAACGCCACCUAACCACCAGUGAUUUGUUUAUGUGAGUGUGUUGAAUUAGUGCGAAUUAAAUGCGUCCCUCACAGUUGUAGCUGUUGGGAAGCCAUCAACUCCCUUGGAAAAUAAGAUCUGGAUGUUUUGCUGUUGGUCGGACUCGGAGGACUCCGGAAAAGGUCCGAUGGCUGCGAUUCGGAAGAAGUUGGUGAUUGUGGGCGACGGCGCCUGCGGCAAGACGUGCCUUUUGAUCGUCUUUAGCAAGGAUCAGUUUCCUGAGGUGUACGUGCCGACCGUGUUCGAGAACUAUGUCGCCGACAUCGAGGUGGACGGCAAGCAGGUGGAGCUGGCGCUGUGGGACACCGCUGGCCAGGAGGACUACGACCGGCUGCGGCCGCUGUCCUACCCCGACACCGACGUCAUCCUCAUGUGCUUCUCGGUGGACUCGCCCGACUCCCUGGAGAACAUCCCGGAGAAGUGGACGCCGGAAGUGAAGCACUUCUGCCCCAACGUGCCAAUCAUCCUCGUGGGUAACAAGAAAGACCUCCGCAACGACCCCAACACGAUCAACGAGCUAAAGAAGAUGAAGCAGGAGCCCGUCAAGCCACAAGACGGGCGCUCCAUGGCCGAGAAGAUCAACGCCUUUGCGUACUUGGAGUGUUCGGCCAAGAGCAAGGAGGGUGUGAGGGAGGUGUUCGAGAACGCCACGCGCGCGGCUUUGCAGGUUAAGAAGAAGAAGAAGCAUCGUUGCACCCUGCUUUGAGCGAGUUUGUUGCGUUUCCAGAGGGGCUUGCUUGAUGUAUCACUAAUAUAAUAAACCCCUUCAGUUUGUCUUUUGUUCUGUUUGAGUAUAUCGAAUUCCUUCCCUUGUGGACUUUGUAGUUAUCGCCAGUACAACACUUUGUCGUCGUGUAUAAAGUAACGGAUUAAGCUGGACGGGGAAGUGUCGAAGCACAAAAUAUUUAAAUGUGUCCACUUUCAUCAAAUGUAUCUUUAUUAUUAGUAUAUUGUAAUGUUAUUUUUGAUUUAUUUGUAAUACAUUAUUAUUUAAUCUAUCAAAAUAUUUUUCGUGGUGCAUAAGUAUAUCGUUAACUUUAUUGACUGUGGUAAAGUUAAUGGCUGUAAAAUAAUUAGUUUCUUUCCCAGAAAAAAACAAAACUAAUUUUUAUAGACAACUCUCUAGGUGAUGUGUGCGAGUUGCCUAUCUUUGUAAUAGCUUUAACUUUUCCAUAAUAACUAUUGUAUCUUACAAGUGAAUAAAAUUGUUUUCUUAUA